UCCAGCCUUGUCAAAUCGUUACUGGCUUUAGUGCGGUUUUCGGCGUUUUUGUUUUGAACACUGAAAAUAUUUUAAAACGGGUUGAUGUUCUCUGUGUUGUGUAUCAUGAAUUAAAAUGUAUUAUUUGUACGUGGGUUUUCAUUGUUAAAUUGCAAUAUGCCUCCAGUGAUAUCCCGCAAUAAAAAGAAUGGCGCUGAGUAUGAGAAUGUACUAAGUACUAAGUGCAAUGUGCUUGAUUUUGAGAAAUACAUUCAAGAAAACAAAACACUUCUUUUAAAUGAUCCAUUGAGGGAAAUACUUCUCUAUCCAUCUGAUGAUGUUUCUAGUGUUGUGCUACCUCGUCGUUGGAGAACUGUGACAACAGCUGUACCAGAUGUCAGAACUGCAUCAACAUGUCCUCUUCUAACGAGACAGGCAUUACUUAGUUACGCCUCUAGCUGGAACCUUGUUCAUUAUAAAUACAGCAACUAUUCCGGAUCUUAUCUUAAUUUACCAAGACCGUUAAAUGAUAAGCUGCUGGAAGAAGUUUAUGAUAUUGAUGCUGAAACAGAGAAGGAUCAUGAGUCCCAAGCUAAGGUGGACGUUGGAACCAAAGAGGGCUACCUGCUCAAAGGACCAGAAAUCGGUUCUGAUAGGAUAUUCAGCAAUCUCGCUUCAAAAUCGUUUAAGAAACGCUAUUGCUCAAUGGUCAGAGAGGCGGACGGAGCUUACAUACUCGAAGUGUAUAAAGACGAGAAGAAAACUGACACUAAACUGACUAUUGUUAUGGAUUUUUGCUCAGAAGUUGUUAAGAAUACAAAGCGCGCGCGUUACUGUUUCGAACUACGGAUGUCCGGCAACAAGGGAUAUACCUUUGCUGCCGAAAACGAAGAAGAAAUGAACGAAUGGAUAAAGGCUUUCGAGGCGGCGCUAAAGAAGAACCAGGACCAGAGUAUCGAUCAGUCUGAAGAGACUUUAGACAGAGAUGCAGACGUAUCUCUAACAGCGGAACCGCCUCCUCCCAUCUUCGGAACCCUGAAAGGCUUGGAGCAUAGCAUGAACCCGCUACUGAUGCGGUACUCGAGGGAGACUGACCUCUCAAUAGCUGCGGCUAGGAACGACUCUCGUUCUAAUAUAUUCACCUUGCCAUAUAAAAGGGCUCCUUCCCCCGAGCCGCAGUUGGAACCGUUCAAAGAACACUUUGGCCAAAGAAUUUUGCUCAAAUGCGAAAGCUUAAAAUUUAGAUUACAAGCACCGAUAGAUGGUGACAAAGAACUGCUGUGCCAAGUGGAGCCCUACUUCACUUAUCUAGCGCUCUACGAUGCCCGUAGUGGCAAAAAACUCACCGAAAAUUUUCACUUCGAUUUAAACCACGCGGCCGUGAGAGAUCUAGUCAAAGAGACGGAGUGCACAAAAUCAUUAGUAGAAAAUUUUAGCUAUGACGUUAAACUGGACGUCAAACAGUUAUCCGAUGAAUGGUUCAAAUCAAAGAGACAGGCUUUACUAUCAGUAAAUAAUCCACAUCCAGACUUAUUUUUAGUUGUUAAAAUUGAUAAGAUCUUACAAGGACAUGUGAGUCAGGUGUUAGAGCCGUACAUGAAGGCCACAAAAGACCCUCGGCUGGGACUCAAAGUUCACAAAACUGUCCAAGCCUACGCCAACCGAGUUGGCAACUAUCGCAUGCCGUUUGCUUGGGCGAUGAAACCUUUAUUUAAAUUAUAUAGCAACGAUCUCGACACGACGCCAGAAUUUCCGGCAAUCUACCGUCAGGAACCGAACAAAAUGUCCGAUGAAGAUUUAUUGAAAAUAUUAUCGGAUUACCGAAAACCGGAAAAACUUGCAAAAUUGACUGUAAUACCGGGAUGGCUCAGCAUCAAUAUACAGCAGAGCAACGAACAAAUACCAAAUUGUAUGACAAGCGCGUACGCAGCACUAAAGCCUUUCCCGCUAUCACCUCUGUCGCCGCUCACGUUGGAGUUGGCAACACUGAAUGCAGACGCCGAACAGCCUUACGCAUCCUACAUCCACCACUUAUACGUGCGACCGUUAUCACUCAGCUUCGAGUCGCAGAAAAUGUUCGUGAGAGCCAGGAACAUUGCUUGCUCUAUCGAACUCAAGGAAAGCGAUGUCGGUGAUGUGAAACCAUUGCAGGUUAUAUAUGGGCGUAUAGGCAUGACGACCCAGCACCGGUGUUCAGUACUACAUCACAACACGAAUCCCAGUUGGUGUGAUGAAGCAAAGAUCCGUCUGCCAGCAACCAUAACACCGUCGCAUCAUCUUUUGUUCACCUUUCAUCAUAUUUCUUGCGACUUGGCAAAGAAGAAUGACACCAAUGUGGAAACUUGUAUAGGAUAUGCUUGGGUGCCACUGCUGAAAAACGAUAAGCUCAUCGAUGAGUUCAUCAAUCUGCCGGUGGCGACACAUUUGCCCUCGGGUUAUCUAUCAAUUCAGCCCCUUGGUCUAGGAAAAGGAAACGCCGGUCCAGAGGUGGUGUGGGUUGAAAGCGAGAAGCCACUAUUCCGUUGCCAGCUAGUGCUUGACUCAACUGUGGCAACUCGUGACGUGCAUUUGCACAAUCUAUUCUGCCAAAUAGAGAGAUUGAUAAAGAGCAGUUCCCCUCCCACUUCCCCCGGCGCUCCGCCGUGGCACGACGUGUGUAACGCGCUCAAGGGCGCACACGCUGUUAAUCUCAGUUCGCUGAUAGCUUUCCUUCCUACGAUCUUCAAUCAGCUUUUCGAUUUGAUGACAAUUGAAAAAGGAUACACUUCAGACAUGGGCUACCAAGUUGUGAAAUUAAUAGUACAUUAUGUUCAUCUCAUACAUGACUUUGGCAGAAAAGAUUUACUCGAUAGUUAUGUUAAGUAUGUCUUCAAUUGCGUAGAAUUUAAGCUACACACAGUUCUGACAGCACCACUGUACAUGUUCGUUGAUCCUAAUCAACAAGACUUUCUAUUGUGUCACAAAUUUAUGCAGUACUCAAGUUUUUUCUUUGACAUUAUCGUGAAAAGCAUGGCACAAUACCUGAUUAACACCGGUCGGAUAAAGAUGUCCCGAAACGAGAGAUUUCAUAACGAUCUUUUAGAGAACAUCGACAGGCUCGUAACGACCGUGGAGCCCACGUAUAUAUUACAACAACCGAUGCAGACUCACAUAUUUAAUAAAAAUCUCGCCGUGUUCCUUAAGUCUUGUCUCUCGUUCAUGGACCGUGGUUUCGUAUUUAGGCAAAUAAAGAAAUAUUUGGAGAAAUUUAAGGCCUGCGACCCAAAAGCUUUGUUCGAUUUUAAAUUCACAUUUCUCCAAACUAUAUGCUCCCACGAGCACUACGUUCCUUUCAAUUUGCCUCUACAAGCUAAUAAAAAUGGCAAAGAUGAGAAUGAAGAUCCAUCAAAGCUAAGAUUGUCUGAAGACUUUAUAAUGAGACAUUUUCUAGCUGGUAUCCUAUUGAAACAGGUGGAGCAAUCCCUCCGCGAGGUGCCCAGCAAACGUCGUGUGUCGCUGGGCGUGCUGCGCGCGCUACUCACCAAGCACGAGCACGACGACCGCUACAGGACUAGGCAAGCCCGUGCGCGACUGGCACAGCUGUAUGCACCGUGGCUCACAGUCGUGCUUGACAAUGCCCACCGGCUCGUUACUAAAACCUUGGCCAGUCCGGUAUUAGAAAAUGGUCAUGACAGAGUGGAUGGAGACGGCACCUGUAUUCCCGCAGUCAGCAGUUCACAGAAAGAAGCCGCCUCCGCUAACAGCACACCACGCAAAAACAGGCUCACCUUACACUUCGAUCACACGCCGUUGCGUAACUCGACUCACUUUAAGGAACCUCCGAAUAUGUAUGGGAAAGAUAACGCAACUAACAUGUCGCAAAGCUCCCUUGAAUCAGUGUCCACUAUGUCCGGGGGAGACUCAUUGCCACGUAACGCUCGAUUAGAUUUGAGCGAAAUCGGUGACCAAGUGAACAGGUUCGGCGUUCUAUCUCCGGAAGAAGUGCGAGAUGUCUUGCUAUGUUUCCUGUUCGUACUCAAGUACCUGGACGAUGAGCGACUAUUGGAGUGGUGGCGGACGCACUCUCGUGUCCAACAACAGGCCUUCUUUAACGUAUUAGAGAUAUGUGCGGAACAAUUUCAAUAUGUGGGAAGAAAGAAGAUUUUGUCCGAAUUCAGUUUACCGUCACCUGAUUGUAACGGUAAACUUAAACCAGCUAAAGCCAGGACUCUGCCCGCCAGGAUGAGUCCACCAGACUUCUCGAAGGAGCCGCCCAUCGUUGUCGAAAAAAACAACACUGUCAAUAGAGAAAACCUUGUCAACCCAACAGUCACAAGUGAACUUGAAAUGAUGUCCGAACAUGCAGUCUUAUCCGCCGGUUGCUUAGCAACGGAAGUAGGGCUAAUUAUUAUAGACCGAGCGUGUCUUUUUAUGAGGAACUUAGGACCGGCAGAAGGAAACGCCGCUAAGCCGUAUCUAAAAUUACUGCAGUGCCCUCAAAGUGAAACUCUAUAUAAGCAUCUAUUCGCCGCCCUCCGGGCUUAUAUCAAUCAGUACUCAGAAACACUGUUCGAAGGCGGCAGUUCAGUAUGUGCCGGUGUGGUGUGCGCUGUGGUCCGUCUGUGCGCGGCGCGGGCUGCCUGGCUGCGGCGAGAAGCAGCCGCCGCCCUCUACCUGCUCAUGAGGGCUAACUUCCAGCACGCCGAGAAGGGAAACCUCACUAGAGUACAUCUACAGGUGAUAAUAGCCGUGUCCAAACUGCUGGACAGUUCUACAGUAUUGAACUGCAAGCGAUUCCAGGAAUCCCUAUCAGUGAUAAACUGCUUCGCUACCGGAGAUAAAGCUAUGAAAGGGACUGGUCUCUCAAGUGAGGUGGCGGAACUAAUGCGUCGCGUGCGCACAGUGGUGGGGGCGCGGGCCAGGCUGGCCGGAGUGGGCGGGGCCGCCGGACACGGUGCUGGUAGCGUUCAUCUAUCGGAGCUACAGCACGCGCUGGCAGCUUCGUGUCGCGCCACGCCUCGCCUACGACACGCCUGGCUCGCGACACUGGCGGAACACAACGUGCGACACAACGACCACGACGAGGCCAUGUGUUGCCAACUUCACAUAGCUGCUUUGAUAGCGGAAUAUCUCAAACUGCGAGGAACUCAAACUUGGGGCUCCGAGGCUUUCGCGGACUUGUCCUUGAACAUACCUAAAGAUGAAAUCGGCCUUAAGAUAGACGAGGGUAUGACAGAUGUCCAUUAUAACGAACAAUCACUCCUUGAACAACUGAUGCUGUGUACGGAAUAUGUGGAUAAAGCAGAGAGAUAUGAAUUGCUCGGCCCUCUGUAUCGUCUUGUAAUUCCAAUAUAUGAGAAGCAAAAGGAUUAUCAGGCCUUACUCACUUGCUACCAACAUCUAACCAAAGCUUACGCCAAGGUCAUUGAGGUAACAAACUCCGGCAAAAGGCUUCUAGGAAGAUUCUACCGGGUCGCGUUCUUCGGAAAGGCCCACUUCGGGGAAGACGAAGAAGGCAUAGAAUUCAUUUAUAAGGAACCUAAAUUGACGUCACUAAGUGAAAUAUCAGAAAAACUUCAAACAUUCUAUGAGCAUAAAUUCGGUGCCGGCAACGUCAAGAUGAUUAUGGAUUCAGCGCCGGUAAACCGCGAAGAUUUGGACAGCAAGCUGGCAUAUAUCCAAGUAACUUGGGUCCGUGCCUCCCCUGAAGGUAUGGGAACGGCUAUCAGCGGAGGGGAAGGGUCAUUCGAAAGGGUCCACAAUGUGAGACGGUUCGUGUUCGAAACACCAUUUACUAGAGACGGGGCAGCCAGAGGACCCGUUCAUCAUCAGCGAUUGCGGCUCACCCAUCUUACUGCUGAAAACUGGUUCCCAUAUGUCAAACGUCGAGUUCCAGUUAUAGAUACACAAAUAGAAGAGAAGAGUCCCAUAGAGGUCGCCGUUUCAGAAAUGGAAAGUCAGGUCGCUGAACUAUCUGAAAUAGUCAAUGCAAAGUCUCCCGACAUUAAAAAACUCCAACUAAGACUCCAAGGCAGUAUAUGCGUACAAGUGAACGCGGGUCCGCUGGCGUACGCUAAUGCAUUUUUGGACCCUACGCUAGCGCCAAUGUACCCCGACGAUAUGGUCGAAAAAUUAAAGGCAACAUUCAAAGAGUUCCUGACGGUUUGUCACGCGGCGCUGCAGUUGAACGCUAAACUCAUCAGCUCUGACCAAGUCACCUAUCAAGAAGCGCUAGAGACGAACUACUACAAACUAAGCGAUUCUCUCUCCAACGUGUUAGGUCAGCAACUACAAGACAUUCUGCUCAAUGGAAACCUCAGCACCACCGUCACCGGCGUUGAAUUGGAGUCGAGCAACGCCUGAACCGUGUCUAGUCUAAAUUUUAACUAUACGACAAUAUCACGACUUUAAAUAUAACUAAAGAAGUAGAUAUCUCUCACAAACGGUUCAAAGUUCGUUAGUUUUAUACAUUUUCAUACUUCUAAUUUUCUAAAUUUUCUAUUAUUUAUUAUACUAUCAUACAAUCAAAAUUAAUCUGUUAAUGAUCCGUCUUCAAUUGAAAGUUAUGCUAUGCUUAUAUGCAAUCUAUAUAUUAGUAACAAUAAUACCUAAAUCCCGUUUUAUAUUACCAUUUUGAAUGAACAACAGAAUCUAUGUCAGACAAAUAACUAUUUAUCUAUAAAUUGUUAAAAGAAUAUAACUAAGAACUCAAUAAUAUAAGUGUUCACAUAUAAUUCAAGAAUAUAACAAAAAAUAAUACCUGGACAACAUCUUAUUUCUAUUCUUAAAUAAUAAAAGUAAUUCUUAAACAUGUCCAAAAAACAAAGGCUGGAUUCAAAUUAAAAAUGUAUUGUCAUCCCACUUUAUGUGUCUGAAUUAUACACUGACCUCAACAUUAUUUACAAUUUGUAUAAUAAUUUUUUUUUUGACACAGUCUGUGUACAAAUGGGAAUUUUGAAUAAUUUAAGGCAUUUUUAUUAUAUGUACAAAUAUAUACAAUCACAUAACAUCAACCUCAAAGUAAGACUAAAAGUAAUAUUGUGAUAUUUUAUUUAUGAACACUGGCUAGAUAAUUUUUUCUUAAAUUAUAUUCUGAACAAUAUUAAUAUAAUACAGUUGGGUCUUAGCUGUUUUCAUAAAGACAAAUAUUAUGAAUGUCACAUUUCAUUAAUAUCUAGCAAAAAUUAAUAUUUUCCAGUGCAAAUGAAGCCAUAAAUUAAAAAAUAAAUCUAACAUUACGCAAUGUUUUAGUAAUACUAUUAUAACAAUAUUUAGAAUUAAUGUUCCGAUAUUAAAUCAAUUAUUUAUAAGUCAAUUACAGGAUCCAUCCCCUUUAUAAGGACUUUUGUACUAACCUGAUUAGCGAAUCACCUUUUGCCAACAUCUCUAAAGUUUUCAUUCAUGUCUCAAAAUAAGGAACACUUUAUUAUUAAAUUAACCGAUUUAACGUCUAUGAAUUUUGGAGGUAAAAAUGUAUUUCUACAUAAGUUACACUAACACAUCGCCUUAUAUUAUUAUUUGAUUUUCUUUGUUUUUUUUUUUAGUUUUUUAUUGCUAACGCGUUGUUUGUUAAUAUUAUUUGAAGCAGUAUAUUUUUAAAGUUCCUUGAUCUGUUCCUCAGUAUGGAUUUAUAACAUCGGUGUAUACUGUGAGUAGCUAGGACGUGAUGAGACUACACACGUCAAAAACGUCUAAUAUUUUCGUAGGAAUCAAUGUUAAUUCUUAGAUAAAAUUAAAAAAAAAAACCUGUGUUGUAUCCUUUGCGUUAUAUUAAGAAUACAUUUUAGUACAAGUUAUGUUCUUGUUCUAUUUAAAUUAUAUGUUGAGAGACGACAUUAUUUAUUUAGUUAAUAUUGUUUGUGUUAAAGUACUUUUUUUUAUUCUAAAGUAAUAUAUUCUCAAAUUUAGUAUUAUGUAAUUUCAUGUCUGACUCCAUUCCAUUUUUGUUUUUACAUUUAUAUAGUACUGGUUAUAGAAUACAGAUAAUAAAAACUUAUCAAUUUAAGAAGUAUUAAAAAUACACCAUAAAUCACUGUUUGAAUUUUUGUAACAUUUAUUAAUAUAAUUUGAACAUCAAUUUAUGGAGAAUUCAUAUAUCAUUAAUGUUUAAAGUAUUAUUGUCUAUUCUCAUGUUACACUUUACCUAUAAAACUAAAAUUGUCGUUGUUUUUUUUAAAUAUUAUUUUGUUUUUAAGCCUUUAGAUGUACUGAAUGUGUGUCUAUGUACGUUGAUGCUAGAGUAAGUAUUAACUUCCGCAAAAAAUCUGUAAUGAACUUCGUGUUUGUGUUAUAAUAUUGUGUUGGUAAUUUUUUAUGAGUCAUAAAAAUAUUUUCAGGCAAUAUUUUCUCUGAACAACCGAACAACUUAAUUUCAAAGUUAUAUGAACUUGUAUAAGAAACUUGAAUUUAUUUAAUACUCCAAAGACAUUUUUUUUUACAUAUAUUAAGUAUAUUUUAGCGAAUAAAAUAUACAUUUUGUUAUACCUUUCAUGUACGAGUACUUAGUAUUGCGUAUCCUAUCUCUUAUAUGCCAUGAAUAUUGUAUAGUGCUUUAUUGAAAUAAGUACUUUAUCCUAGACAUUUUUGCGAUGUAUCUAUGCACAAACUAAUUUAAUAAAGAAUUUGUAUCUACUAGAUCUGAUAUGUAAUCUGACUUUGCUGUUUUAAUACAUUUAUAAGAACUAUAAAUAAA